AUGACGUCAGGAAGAAUGAAAAAUACACGACUUAAAUGUUGGAAAAAAUUACUCUGUAUAUUUGUCAUCGUGUGGAUAUUCAAUUUUCUUAUCACAGUUGAUGUACACAUGUCACAACCAUUGAAACACUUACUACAAAUACAUGAGGCACAGUUUGCAGUAAAUGAAACAAAAUUUCUAAAGAACAUUGUUCCAUACGUAACGUUGACUAGAGAAGAAAGGAAACCAGAGCCAGGCAAAACAAUCCAUAACAGUAUUGAAAACGAUAAUGCUUAUGCUUCGUUCUUCAAUAGUUGGCAAAAACAAGAAAACAACACUUUGGCGUUACCUUCCCCGCUUUCUGCAUUUCAGCAAUACUACAACAAAUAUGGUAAUAUAGAUGAUAGUGUUAUUCUUUAUGGACACAGAAGAAAUUCAUCAGGUUAUUUGACAUUGGCAAUACCCACGGUGAAAAGACCUUUUAACAACUACUUCUACCUUAACUUCACAUUAAACUCAUUGGUAUCAAAUAUCGAGAACAAAAUAGCCAGUGAGGUGGCCAUUGUGAUAUUUAUGGCAGAUUUUGAUAUGGCAUGGAAUAAACGCACAGCAAGAUUACUAUAUAUAGACUUCAGAUCUCAUUUUGACAGCGGACUCAUCCACAUUAUAAGUGCUCCGUCAAAAAUUUACCCUGACCUUGCAAUACUUAACAAAACAAAGGCAGACCCUGUUGCAAGAGUAAAAUGGAGAUCAAAACAAAAUAUUGAUUUUGCAUUUUUAAUGCUUUAUAGCCAAAGUAUCAACAAGUAUUUUAUUCAGCUUGAAGAUGACAUUCUUGUAGCACCAGGAUUCCUAAAUGAUAUUAAAAGUUUUGUUCUCAGACAAAAUGAAAGUUGGAUAUGCUUAGAAUUUUCAAGUCUUGGAUUCAUAGGCAAAAUGUUUCAUUCCAGGGAUCUUUUCUCUAUAUCAUCUGUCUUGCUGUCGAAUUUUACUUCAUUUCCAUGUGAUAUUCUUCUAGGAUAUAUUCGGAGAUAUAUGGGUCAACCGUCACCGAUACACUCAACAGUCAGUUUAUUCCAACACAUUGGAAGGAUUUCAUCUUUAGAAAAUAAAAUGAUGCCAUCAGUUGAUAUAAAAUUUAAAGGAUUUGGCUCUAAAGUUCCGCUAAUUAUGAUUUUACCUAAAGGAGAAAAACCGCCAGCGAAAUUUAAGACCGACAUGGAAAUCGUACCAGGAUACCCUCCGGAAAAUAUUUAUACAAAUAAUUCAUAUUUUUGGGCGAAAGGAAUAAAGAAAAGGCAACAUUUUAAAAUAAUAUUUGAAAAACCAUUAAAUAUAUCAAGACUUAUUAUAUCUACAGGAAAUAUUAUAGAUAAGACCGAUAAAUUAGAAUUUGGAAUUUUAAAAAUUGGUGCUAAUGAAAAAGAAAGAUUUUAUUGUUCCGAUUUGAGAAAAGUCGUCAACUUUGCCGGUGGUGACGUAGACUCGUUAAUUCAGGGAAUAGUUCUUCCAAGCAACAUUAAUUGUUUACACAUUGAGGUGAAGAGAACACAAUUCAAAUGGCUUAUAAUCCGUGAUCUACAAGUAUUUACAGAUAGAAAACAUUAA